GAAAUUGGAAGCAGACUUUCCUAAAAUGUUGUUCGAUCUGCGAAAAUGUUUUCAAAGCCCAGACUCCCUGCUGAACAGUAGACAUCGUUAUCAGCUACUGGUAACGCUGCUUGUUAAUAUCAUGACCUUCUCGCAUGGUCUCGGCGUGGGUUGGAUGUCUCCGGUGAUGCGAAAGCUUCAGACUGAUGAUACGCCACUCAGCUUCCGCGCUGUCAUAGAGGAGGUGUCCUGGAUCGGCUCGUUGCUGGGCAUCGGCAGUGUUAUUGGCAAUAUAGCGGCGGGUGUGCUUCAAAAUCGGGUGGGACGGAAGCCAGUAAUGUUUGCCAUAGCCAUUCCGCAUUCGUGUUUCUGGCUUUUGAGUUAUUUUGCGCAGAGCGUGGAGUAUUUCUAUGUGGGUAGGCUAUUAGCUGGCAUUUCGGGCGGUGGCGGCUAUAUAGUGCUGCCCUUAUUUAUCAGCGAAAUAUCAGACACCAACAUAAGAGGCACGCUCUCUUCUACGAUCUUGUUGUCCGUGAAUAUGGGCGUGUUAAGUGGCUAUAUCAUUUCCAUAUAUGCGCCAUACUAUAUAGUUCCUUUUUGUGUGCUGGCACUGCCCACAUGCUACUUCAUUUGCAACCUCUUCCUGCCCGAAACCCCACAUCAUCUCAUUCAAAAGGGCAGAUACGCGGCCGCUGAGAGAUCUUUUCGUUUCUAUAAGAAUAUUAGGGCCAGCGAUGUCAACGGCCUUAAUGAGUUCGAUGAUUUAAGGACGAAGCUAACAAAAGAGCAAAGCUUGGAGGACAAGACUCUUACCUACAAGGACUUUGUUACCAAGCCCGCCAUCAAGGCCUAUGGCUCGGCCGUUGUCCUGCUGAUGGCGAAUCAGCUAAGUGGACUCUUCUGCUUCACCAACUACAUGACCGACAUUUUCGCCGCCUCGCACUCCUCACUGGACGUAAAUAUUUGCACUAUUGUGGUGGGGGCGGUACAAAUAUUGGGCAACUAUAUGGCCACCCUCCUCUGUGAUAAAUAUGGACGCAAGAUUCUCCUGCUGGUGUCUUCUCUUGGCUCUGCGAUAUGCUUGGGAGCCUUCGGCACGUACACCUACUUUGCAUCCAAUCCCAACAAUGACGUCAGCGCUGUGGGUUGGUUGCCUUUGUUGCUGCUCUCGUUGGUUAUUUUCAUUGGAAAUAUCGGACUUGUGGGCUGUUUCUUUGUAGUGAUGGUCGAGCUACUUCCUGCCAAGAUACGCUCUGUGGCUUUGCCAUUUUUUAUUGUGCAGCUCAGUAUCCUAAUUUUCGUGUCAUUGAAAAUCUUUCCGGUUUUAAUGGUGCAGCUUGGAAUCUCAGUGACUAUGUGGUGCUGCGGCGGAAUGACUUUCCUUGCCUUCCUGUAUUUCAGUCGCUUCCUCGAGGAGACAAAGGGCAAGUCCUUGCUGGACUCGUAAUCGUAAUGCUCAUAUAGCUAGCUAGAUCUUGUAAUAUAUGUACUUGUAUAUUAGGUCGUGGUGAGAAAACCAUUUAGAAAAUAU